UCGUGGGGUGGUUGACUAUUAUGGGUAAUGGGGAAGGCAUCGUCCACACCCCUCCUCUUCCGAUCAAAGCUCCUCUGUUUCUCUCUCCUCUACCUCUUCAGCUCUCUGUUUCUCGCUCUCUAUUCCUCUCUCUCCUCCACCAAAUGCUUAUUCCGAUCCUCCCCUUUCGAUCCAAUCCAAUCCCCACUCUUUUCUUACCCUCCCUCCUAUGGAGAACACAAAUACGCCAUUCCCACUCUUCGCUCUUCCUGCUCUUCCCCUGUUUUCUUCUCAGAUUAUUGGAUGGUCUUGAAGGAAAUCCAAGAAUUUUGUGGGAAUUCAUCGAAAAAUGUUUGGCCGGUUCUGAGGUAUAUGCAGGGGAAUACUAAAAGUUUUGGUGGAAAUUUCAGUACCCAGAAGAGGAUCUCUUAUUCUGAUCAUCGACACGUUGGAAUUGAAGUUCCUUGUGGAUUUUUCAAAAAAUUUCCAAUCAGUAAUUCUGAUCGAAUUGCUAUGGAAAAAUGCGAUGGAGUAGUGGUGGUCUCAGCUAUAUUCGGUGAUCAUGACAAGAUCCGGCAGCCAAAAGGCCUUGGAUCCAAAACACCAGAUUAUGUUUGUUUCUUCAUGUUCAUAGAUGAUGUUACACUCAAAGGACUAGACUACCACAAUUUAAUCUCAAGAAAAACAAAAGAAUACAAGAUUGGGGCAUGGAGAAUUGUAAAGGUUUCAAGUGAGAAUUUAUAUGACAAUCCAGCAAUGAAUGGGGUUAUACCAAAAUACUUAGUUCAUAGACUUUUUCCAAACUCAAAAUAUAGCAUUUGGGUAGAUGCAAAGUUGCAAUUAGUUGUAGAUCCAUUAUUGUUGAUUCAUUCACUUGUAAUAGUGGAGAAUGUGGACAUGGCUAUAUCAAGACACCCAUAUUUUGUUCAUACUAUGGAAGAAGCUAUGGCCACUGCAAGGUGGAAGAAAUGGUGGGAUGUUGAUGCAUUGAAGACUCAAAUGGAGACUUAUUGUGAGAGUGGGUUGCAACCAUGGAGUCCAAAUAAGCUUCCUUAUCCUUCAGAUGUACCAGACAGUGCUCUGAUCAUAAGAAAACAUGGGGUAGCAAGUAAUCUUUUCUCUUGUCUAUUAUUCAAUGAAAUGGAGGCAUUUAACCCAAGAGACCAACUGGCUUUUGCAUAUGUGAGAGACCACAUGGACCCAAAAUUGAAGCUGAACAUGUUUGAUGUUGAAGUGUUUGAACAAGUGGCAGUUGAGUACAGGCACAACCUAAAAAAUGGAGGGCCCACUGUCACACAAAAGGCCAAGACCAAAAGGGCAAGCUCUGAUUUGUUUGUUAAUGGUAGUUGUAGCAAGUGUGAGGGGUAUCUUUUGAAAAUGUGGGGUGAAUCCCAUGAAUCAUGAUUGAUUUUCGUGUCACCUUUUAUUGAUUUUUAUAGAGAAUUGAAGGUUAAAAAAGAAGACAGCUAACCAAGUAACCUACUGUCCUUCACAGAGAAAAGCUCAGAAAAUUUAAGUCUAGAACAAGCUGGCAGUGGGUUUUGUAGUGGGGGUAGGUGUGCUAAGCAUUUAAAAUCAGCUCCAUCAUAAAUUGGAAGGAAAAAUUUUAGUUGGAC